AUGGUGUCCCUCUUCUGGGGCCGCGUCCUGCUCCGCAACAACAGUGACCAGGACGCGCUGGACACGGAGGCCGAGCUGUGCCGGCGGCUGGAGAACCGGCUGGUGCUGCUGUUCUUCGGCGCGGGCGGCUGUCCGCGCUGCCAGGCCUUCGCGCCGGUGCUCCGCGACUUCUUCGUGCGCCUCACUGACGAGUUCUACGUGCUGCGGGCCGCGCAGCUGGCCCUGGUGUACGUGUCCCAGGACCCCACGGAGGAGCAGCAGGGCCGUUUCCUCAAGGACAUGCCCGACAAGUGGCUCUUCCUGCCCUUCCAGGAUGGCCUGAGGAGGGACCUCGGGCGCCAGUUCUCGGUGCAGCACCUGCCGGCCGUGGUGGUGCUCAAGCCGGGCGGGGACGUGCUCACGCGGGACGCGGCCGACGAGAUCCAGCGCCUGGGCCCCGCCUGCUUCGCCAACUGGCAGGAGGCGGCCGAGGUGCUGGACCGCAACUUCCUGCAGCCCGAGGACCUGGACGACCCCGCGCCGCGGAGCCUCACCGAGCCGCUGCGCCGCUGCAAGUACCGCGUGGACGCGGAGCCGAGGGGCGGGGCGGGGGGCGGGGCCGGGGCGUGGUUCUGA